GGGCACAGCGUGCGCCGAGGAGGGUGCCGCCGCGGGUGCCACUACGCGGGCGCGCCGCGCCCCCUCCCCGUCGUCCUCGGAGGGCAGCUCUGGGGGCGCCCUUCGCGGCGCCGCCGCCAGAGGCCCCGUGCUGCGGCGUUCCAUGUCCGCUUCCUCCGCGGAGGACGCCCGGGAGGGCGGUCCCCGCGGCGCCGCGGUCACCCGCAGGGCACGCAGUGGCUUCUCCGGUUCCUCGGGGAGCGGCGUGGCAGACGUCGCCGGCGGCGGCCGCGGGGGCAGCGGCAAUCGAGGAUGUGGCCGAAGUGUUGACCAGGGCGCGCAGUUGGCGCUUCAUCGCGCGCGAACAGAGCUGGAGGAGGCCGCCGCCGAGGACGGGGGCAGCCUCCGCGCCCUCGGGGAGGAGAACGCCGAGCUGAGGUCGGAGCUGGCCGACAUGGAGUACUCCCUCGAGGUGGCGGCGGCCGUGGCGAUGGAGGGCGGCGGCGAGGGCGGCGACCCCCUCGGCCUGCGGGAGGCCCGCCGCCUGCGCGCCGAGUGCCGGCAGCUCCAGGAGCAGCUGCGCGGCGGGGCCCCGCCGCCGGAGGGCGCCGGGCAGGGCCUCCCCGCGCUGCGCGCCGAGCUGGCGCAGGCGCGGGAGGCCUGCAGGGCCGAGCGCGAGGAGUCGAUUGUGCACCACAUGUUCCUGUCGGGCGAGCGCCUCGCACAGAGGCACCGGGUUCCAGCAGCGGUCCUGGAUGCUGGUCCUGCAGGGCGAGGCUGGGCUGCGGCCAGCGCGCGGACCCUGGCGCGAAGGCUUCGUCGCGAGAGACGUCGGGAGCUGGGGCAGCCGAGGGCGGCCGCGCUGGCGCAUCGCGUUAAGGCCCUGCGGGCCUCGCUGGUGGUGCACUGGCGGCUGUGCGACGCGACGGGCUGCCACGUGCCCCUGAUGCGCGAUGCGGUGGCAGCAGGCCGUCUCCUGGGCGUCGAGGGCGGCCUCAUCGAGGAGGCCGAGGAACUGUUGGUGCAGGGCAACGCGGCUCGCCGUGCGUCGCCCCCCGGGGCUGCUUGCAGCCCGCCACCUCCGCCGGUUGGAAUGAACGUUACGGUGCUGGAGGCGGCGCUGGCCAGCAGAGAGAGCGAUGGCCUUGGGGAGCAGGCCGCCGCCGUGCUGGCGGCGCUGGAUGUGGUCAUUGUCGAGAACAAGUUCGAGCUAAACGAGAUGCUGGCGUUCGGGGCGAGCACCGAGGAGUUCGACGAGGAGCCCGUGCCAGGCUUCGAGAUCAACGACGGGAUGCCGAUGGCCAUGCAGCGGGUUGGUUGCUUCACCGUCGGUUUCGAGGCCAAGCAGCAGGAUCUGGAUGGCAUCGCCAACCCCAUGUUCAUGAAGGGGGUGGCGGACGAGGGCGAGCUGCAGUUCGGCGUCGGAGCUGCCGCACCCCUCGCGCCUGGCCUGGCGAUAUGGGCCUCCCUGCACGGUGCGUCCCUCGAUGGAGGUGUGGGCCCGUUGCGCGGCGCGUCCCUCCCUAGCGGAGGCGUGGACCCGCCAGGGGAGGCCCCUGUGAGGGGUGUCCACCACACGCUGGCUGGUUGCGGCGUUGCUGCACCCCUCGCGCCGGGCCUGGCGCUAGGGGCCUCCCUGCACGGUGCGUCCCUCGAUGGACGUGUGGACCCGUUGCGCGGUGAGUCCCUCCCCUGCGGAGGCGUGGACCCGCUGGGGGAGGCCCUGCCGAGGGGUGCCCAUACCACGCUGGUCCUGGAGGAGAUCGUCAACCCAACUGUCAUGAAGGCCACGGAACACGAGAUGCUAGAAGAUUUGGACGUGGACAUCGUGAAACCGAACCUCGCCGAGAAGAGGUUCGAGGUGCACGAGGUACUGGGUCUAGACGUGGACAUCGUGAGCGCGAACCUCCUCGGGAGGAGGCUCGAGGUCAGCGAGGCGAUGGCGGUCGGGGCGAGCACGGAGCAGUUCGACGAUGAGGCUGCGAAGGCAGAGGCGGACGAAACGCAGGAGUUUGACAAGACUGCGCAGGGCUUCGAGGUCAACGACGGGAUGUCGAUGGCAAACCCCUCAGAGGAAGCGGAGAUGACAGCCCUCCGCGCGGCGGUCGCAGCGGAGGACGACGCUGCGAAGUGCCGCCGCUGCUGCUCGGCUGCCUGCGCGGCCGCGGCGCGGGCGGUGGUGCGGCUGCAGGAGGGCCCCGCGGCGCCCCCAGGCGCCGUCGCGCGUGCCGCUGCGGCCCUCGAUCAGGCCGUUCAGCAGGAGCGGAGGGCAGAAGAGCGACACCGAUCGCGGGAGGCUUGUGCCUGGGAGAUGGCCUGUGCGACGGCGCGCGCGGGGGCCGCGGAGCCCGAGAAGGCCAGGAGCACCUGGCGGAUCAUUGUUUGGAUUUCGAGCUGCCUGGUCUGCUGGAAGAUCUCGAGUUGCUCCAUGGAGGUCCAGUGGCUCAUGCCGAGCGCUCUCAAGCGGGUCGCAACGGAGGCCAACGCGGAGGGAGACAGCAACAAGGCGCGCAAGGGCUCGGGCAAGGGCGUCGAGGACUCCCACGUGAACGCUCGCCUGCUUCGACAGCUGGAAUCGCGGGUGCGCACACUGGAGUUCGGAGCGGGCCUGGUGGUGCACGGACCGAGCGACGACCUGUUCGUGGACACGCUGAAGCAGACCUACCAGGAGUACCAGAAGAAGGUCGAGGGCAAGAACAACACACACGGGCUCGGUCCGCCCGAAUUGCAGAAGUUUGCCGCACUUCUCAACGCUUUCAACAGUUGGCUCGACAAGCCAGGCAAGGCCCAGGACUCGGUGAAGGAGUUGGCAGACAUCCCUCGGAGGCUUCUGUUGAUGAUGAUGAAGGGAGAUCAGGAGCAGGCCAGCACGUGGAUCAAGGAGUGCGGAACCAGCUCGACGGCAGACAGCAGCAUCUCGAGGAUUACGGUCAAUGUCCUGGGCUAUAUCACGCUGCCAGACCCCAACCAGGCAGGACCCAACGCUUACGAGGAGCAGGAGAGUCAGUGGAAGGUUCUAGAGGACAAGGACGCGGAAGAGGGAGACAAGCGCAGGGCAGAGGUUCGAGUCAUUCGGAGUCCGCUCGAGUUCGCCCAGCUAGGACACGGGAAAGUGAUCGCAGUAGAGCAGCACGCGCUGCGCGCCGAGGCCGCCCGAAAGCAGCUGCUGCUGGACCUCUCUCGGGAGGCCGACCGGCGCUCCGCCGGCGGAGCCCCCGGGGCCGAGGACGAGAGCGAGGGCGGCGUCAGGGAUGCCGACCUGGAGGCGGUGGCCUCGGCGCUCGGGCGGGCGGCGAAGGCCAUCGGCCUGGUGGCGGGCCUGGCGCAGGAGCCCCCGCCCGCGGCCUUGGCCCCCGCGCCGAGGGCUCCAGAGCCCUUGGCUGACGCGGCGUCGACGUGGCGCAGCCCGCCCGCGCACGCCGGGCACCUCGCCUCUCCCCGCGGCGCCUGGGCUGCCGCGGCCGCGCACCCGCAGGCGGGCGAGGCGGACCUCUGCUGAGGGCGCGCCGGCGGCAGCGCCCGAGAGGUGGAGGGUCCCCGCUCGUCAGGAGAGGGUGACGGGGAGAAGGGUCGCGGACGAAGCUGCAUGACAUCGCGAAUACCGCGGCAGCGAUGUGCGCACCACGGCUUGAUGCGGUCGCGGUCGC